AUGGUGAAUAGGGCUUCGUCUCCAUCGUCUUCUCCAGUGAAGAUAACAAUCUCUUCUGGAAGUAAGGCUGGCAAUGGAAUCAUAUCGAUGGGGUUAACGAGUCCGAUUUCGCGUGCUUCCAUUUCGAAUAACCCCAAUUCUCCUCUCAGUGGCAGAGGGAACAGAGCCUCUAGUGGUGGAAACCGCCGAUCUAGUGGUGGCAAGUUCGUUUCAAUGUCGAAAGAUGAGGCAGUUGAAGAAAGUAACUCUGAGUUUGUUACUUACACUGUUCAUAUUCCUCCAACCCCAGAUCAUCAGUCCAUUUCUGAUUCUCAGACAAGCCUCCCUGAGGACAAUGCAAAUAUGGGGAAGUCGCAAAGGAGCUUCAUUUCUGGUACUAUUUUCACUGGGGGUUUCAAUUCGGUGACUCGUGGCCAUGUGAUUGAGUCGCUGGCGAAUCCAACUGAGCAAAUGAAAUUAGGGCUUGUUUGUGGGAUGAAGGGAUGUGAUGAGGCAUUGGAAGGGAAGACGAUGGUUCCUUGUGAUUGUGGGUUUAGUAUUUGUAGGGAUUGUUAUUUGGAGUGUGUUGGAAAUGGCGGUGGCCGUUGUCCUGGCUGUAAAGAGGGUUACACAAGUGUUAGUGAUGAUGAAGCAGAGGACCAAGCUUUGCCAUUGCCUUCAAUGGCGGAUGCCAAGCUUGACAAAAGGCUGUCUUUGGUGAAAUCAUUCAAAGCUCAAAAUCACCCACCGGACUUCGAUCAUGCCCGAUGGCUUUUUGAGACCAAGGGGACAUAUGGCUAUGGAAAUGCAGUGUGGCCAAAGGACGGCUAUGGGUUUGGUUCAGGAGCAAAUGGUUUCGACCAUCCACCUGACUUCGGGGAGAAAAGUCGACGGCCUUUAACCCGGAAAGUCUCUGUUUCUGCUGCUAUUCUCAGUCCAUACAGACUGCUUAUUAUAAUUCGUCUAGUGGCACUUGGUUUCUUUUUAACAUGGAGAGUUAGACAUCCAAAUCAUGAAGCACUGUGGCUGUGGGGAAUGUCUAUUACUUGUGAGCUUUGGUUUGGAUUAUCAUGGCUAUUAGAUCAACUUCCUAAGCUCUGUCCAGUAAAUAGAGCCACUGACCUCUCCGUUCUCAAAGACCGAUUCGAGUCGCCAAAUCUUCGAAACCCCAAGGGUCGAUCUGAUCUCCCAGGAAUUGAUGUGUUUGUCUCAACAGCGGAUCCUGAGAAAGAACCUCCGCUUGUGACAGCCAACACCAUCCUCUCAAUCCUUGCAGUGGAUUACCCCGUGGAGAAAUUAGCUUGUUACUUAUCAGAUGAUGGUGGUUCUCUCUUGACAUUUGAAGCACUUGCUGAGACAGCCAGCUUUGCUAGAAUAUGGGUUCCAUUCUGUCGAAAGCACGGCAUCGAACCAAGAAAUCCAGAGGCCUAUUUUGGACAGAAGCGUGACUUUCUUAAGAACAAAGUGAGACUUGACUUCGUUAGAGAGAGGAGAAAGGUGAAGAGAGAGUACGACGAAUUUAAGGUAAGGAUUAAUUCAUUGCCGGAGUCUAUAAGGAGAAGGUCAGAUGCUUACAAUGCCCACGAAGAAGUCAGAGCCAAAAUGAAACAAAGGGAAAUGGGGGGCAAUCCUUCAGAGGAAAUCAAGAUCUCAAAGGCAACUUGGAUGUCAGAUGGCUCUUACUGGCCUGGAACUUGGGUUUUAGGUGAAGCCGAUCACUCUAGAGGGGAUCAUGCUGGUAUUAUUCAGGCUAUGCUAGCUCCUUCUAAUACAGAACCUGUUUAUGGUUCAAUCGCAGAUGGGAAGAAUUUGAUUGACACAACAGAUGUGGACAUCAGGUUGCCAAUGCUAGUUUAUGUGUCUCGUGAGAAGCGGCCGGGGUAUGAUCACAACAAGAAAGCCGGAGCAAUGAAUGCUCUUGUUCGAACAAGUGCAAUCAUGUCAAAUGGACCCUUCAUUCUCAAUCUUGACUGUGACCACUAUAUAUACAACUCCUUGGCUUUGAGGGAGGGGAUGUGUUUUAUGCUUGACAGAGGCGGUGAUCGGAUUUGUUAUGUUCAGUUUCCGCAGAGAUUCGAGGGUAUUGACCCAAACGAUCGGUAUGCAAAUCAUAACACUGUAUUUUUUGAUGUGAGCAUGAGGGCUCUUGAUGGGUUGCAGGGGCCUAUGUAUGUGGGGACUGGCUGUAUUUUCAGGAGGACAGCUCUAUAUGGAUUUAGUCCUCCAAGAGCUACAGAGCAUCAUGGCUGGUUUGGUACUCAAAAAACUAAGUUGUUACUAAGAAAAUCGAGGGUAUCAAAGAAGGAAGAUGAUGAGAUGGCGGUUCCAAUCAACCAGCGUGGUCAAAAUUGUGAUGAUGACGAUGCGGACAUUGAGUCCUUGCUUUUGCCAAAGAGAUUUGGAAAUUCUACUUCUCUGGCUGCAUCAAUUCCGGUUGCAGAGUUCCAAGGAAGAUUGCUUCAAGAAUUGCAAACGAAGGGUAAUCAAGGUCGACCGGCUGGUUCUCUUGCUGUGCCCCGGGAACCUUUAGAUGCCGCCACUGUUGCUGAGGCCAUUAGUGUUAUUUCCUGCUUCUAUGAAGACAAGACAGAGUGGGGCAAAAGAGUUGGAUGGAUCUAUGGUUCUGUAACAGAGGACGUGGUAACUGGAUACAGAAUGCAUAACAGAGGUUGGAGAUCAGUUUACUGUGUUACUAAGCGUGAUGCUUUUCGAGGCACAGCACCAAUCAACCUAACUGAUAGGCUUCACCAAGUACUCCGAUGGGCGACGGGGUCGGUUGAGAUAUUUUUCUCAAGGAACAAUGCCUUGUUUGCAACACGUAGAAUGAAGUUCUUGCAAAGAGUAGCAUACUUCAAUGUUGGGAUGUAUCCCUUCACAUCUUUCUUCCUCCUUGUCUAUUGCUUCUUGCCUGCCGUUUCUCUAUUUUCAGGACAAUUCAUAGUCCAAUCCCUAAGUGUAACAUUCCUAAUCUUCCUACUUGCCAUCACCAUCACGUUAUGCUUACUCGCCAUCCUUGAGAUCAAGUGGUCAGGCAUUACCAUCCACGAUUGGUGGCGCAAUGAGCAAUUCUGGUUGAUUGGAGGAACAAGUGCCCACCCGGCUGCCGUGCUACAAGGCCUGUUGAAGGUCAUUGCUGGAGUAGACAUCUCAUUCACAUUGACGUCCAAAUCAGCCACACCAGAGGACGGGGACGACGAAUUCGCGGACCUAUACGUGGUGAAAUGGAGCUUUCUGAUGAUCCCUCCCAUCACAAUCAUGCUGGUGAACAUGAUUGCGAUUGCAGUAGGAGUUGCUAGGACAUUGUACAGUCCAUUUCCAGAAUGGAGCAAGCUUGUGGGAGGGGUGUUCUUCAGCUUCUGGGUUUUGUGCCAUCUCUACCCCUUCGCUAAAGGGCUGAUGGGACGUCGUGGCCGAGUCCCAACAAUAGUCUUUGUUUGGUCCGGACUUCUAUCAAUCAUAAUUUCGUUGCUGUGGGUCUACAUUAGUCCUCCUCCUGGAGUACAGGAUCAUAUGAAGUUUCAAUUCCCUUGAUGAGAUUGAAUUUGGAAAAUGGUAAUCUCCUCAAUUUCCUGUUGUUAUUGUGGGGAAGUAGUAGUAUAUAAUAUAGGUAGUAAGAAGUAAGUAUAGGCAUUAGGCAUUGCAUUGCUUAUUGUUUCAUUACGUUGAUGGAUGGAUUUCAUUCAUGUUUUUGUGUUGGUAACAACUUAGAUUGGAUUCUGUGUAUGCCCCCAACAUCUCAUUCUUCUUUAUUACUCUUUUCAUCUAAGUGUACCUAAACUCAGAAUCUUAGUUAGUUCUCAAUUCUCUCAAAACGUUGCCAUUGCUCAUGCAAAUGAACUAUAUAUUUUUCUA